AUGCCGACGACGAAACGACGCCAAAUCGACUGUGAAGUCAUAGUACAAAGCCCCGGAAGCGUCAGGCAGGAUUUCACCUAUUGCGAACAAGAAGAGUUAACAGCAAUUGUGUUUCCUCAAAACGGAGGCGGCGGAGGCGGCGGAGGCGGCGGAGGCGGCGGAGGCGGCGGAGGAGGCGGAGGCGGCAUAGGCGGCGGAGGAGGCGGGAGCGGUGGCGGCGGAUGCGGAGGCGGGAGUGGUGGAAGCGGGUGCGGUGGUAGCGGUGGAGGUGGAGGCGGUGGUGGAGGCGGCGGCGGCGGUGGUGUCGGCGACAGUGGCGGAAGAGAUGGCGGCAGAAGCGGCGGAGGAAGUGGUGAAUGCACGAAUGGGCGAAUGGGCGAAUAUUUUCUGAUAGCGUGA